AUGGGAAGACAAGGUGUAAUACAGGUUAUCAAACAGGAAAUUAUGGAAGAAAUUAGUGGUUCUCAUUGUUUACAAAGAAAUUCCAACAAAACGUUUCCUAAAAAAGAAGAAAUGGAUGUUGUUUCAUCUACUCUUAUUAAUAAUAAUAAUAAUAAUACAACUGCCUCAAUCAAUCCUAUCUCAUCAUCAUCAUCAUCAUCAUUAUCAUCAACAACUCAAUUAUUAUCAUUUAAAGGACAAUCGGAAGAAAAUAUAUUACGUCGUAUGGAUCCUGCUGAUGAUUUGCAAUUAAUGUGUACCAAAAAAUGCAUACCAUGCCAUCGUUGUGGUUCAUCGAUGAAAUUUUUCAUGCGUCGCGUAAAAUACCUAAAUACUGUAAAGGAGUAUCCAGCAUAUCGUUGUAUGAAAAAGAAAUGUCAAACAUUCCGAUCACCACGUACGUUAGCACGUGAGUGUAAUAUGUUAUUACGUCAAGGUUUUGGUGAUGGAAGAUUCAUGAGUGUAGCACCAACAACAAAUGCAACCAGACAACUUAAGGAAGCUUUUCCUGAUCAUUUUAAUCGGCAAGAAAUGGAUGCCUUACAAGGAUUUUCCACAACUUUUAGAAAUGAUUUCGAUGCUUUUUCAAAUAAUUCGACAUUGUUAACCAAUUCUGCUACGAGUAGUAUUAUCCGCGAGAAGGAAGCGUGGUAUGCAUUGAGAAAUGCUAAACAAUCAUUGGAUAUAUUAACACAUACCGAUGGAGGACUUUCACUACGAUUACAUCGUAUAAUUAGUGAAAUUCAUGCAUUAUCUGCACAGUUCAAAGAAAUUCCAAAAAAGGAAGAAUCCGUCAAUAGAGCAUUGGAAUGUAGUAGCGGAACAAUGGAAACAGAUGGAAUAGAUGAUGAAGGUUAUGAUUCGAUGAGACGAUCAACAGCUACUGAUUUGAUAUCAUUAACACUUGGUGGUGAUUCACGUUCAUCACUUGAUACCGAAUUAAAAUCUGAAACAAGCAGCAUUGAUUCAUGUAUUCUGAUGAAAAUGCCUUCGUCAACAUCGGCAUUAUCACCAAGCGUAACACCAGUACAGCCUUUACGUUGGAUUAACAUUUCACGUCAUUCACCAUCAUUUAGCGUAAAAAUGGUGGAUGGCACAGCACGACAAGCAGUUGAUCAAAGGAAGCAUGCGAUAACUGAGCAACAUGGUACCACUGUUUAUGAAUCAUUUUCGAACUGUUCCAAUGAUAAUAUUAGUAGCUCACAUGAUUCUAUCACAAUUCCAAGGGCCAAUAAUACAACAGUAUCAUCAACAUCUUCAUUACCAAGUAUAAUAUAUGAUGAACCAUCAACAAGUUACAAUUAUGGUACAGCAACGAAUAUUACUGUAAAUACGAUUGCGGAAUCAAACCAACAAUUAAAUAUCAAUGAUAAUAAUACGGAAGGGAUUGCAAAAAAUGAACCAAUACCAAUUUAUGUACGACCCAGUGAGCUAUGUUUUGAUGAUGUAGCUGAUGGUGGUGAAAUAUUGAGUGAAUUCUUCAUGCCAUCAACAACAUCCAAUUUUCAAUCAUCAAAAUCUACUACUAUCACAAAUGAUACUACCCUCACUUCUCCGGUCCAUUAUAAUGAUGAUAUACGCUAUCAUUGUUUAUCGAUCAACUUUUAA